CUAACGACACGUGUUGUUUUUGCCUGUUCAGACUACAGGUGAGGUCCGAUUACACUGUCGAUGUCCCAAGUGCUCUGAGAAGACGGCCGGCCACAUUUAAAAGGCCAUGGGGAUAGUUAAAUCUUUAUUUCAGAGGGAUCCAUUGGGUGAUGACACCAGCAAUGAAACUCAAGGGCUAACGGGCAGCAAAUAUCCCCAGUAUCAAAUUCCAGAUGCAAGUCCUUCCACAAAAGAGCAGAUUGAAGGGCUACGGGCGAAGGCCAACGACUACCGCCAGAGAUACCAUGACUUGUCGAGGCGUGCUAAACAAGCCUACAACAGCGGACACAAAGCAGACGCUCACACAUUCUCACAGCAGGCUCACGAUAACAAGGAGGAAAUGGAGGACGCCGACAGAAAAGCCGUGGACCUUCUGAUCCGACAACAGCAAGCGUCGAUCAACCAGGGAGAGCUCGAUCUUCACGGAUUCUAUGUGAACGAAGCCAUUGAUUGUGUGCGAGAUGUACUAGCCGACCAGUCAGAAACAUAUCAACUGACGGUCAUCACUGGGAAGGGCCUACACAGCACGGGUGGCGUUGCUAAGAUACGCCCAGCUGUCAUCAGCUAUCUGGAGAAGCAUAACUACAGGUACACACUGUGUCCAGGUGUGAUUGAAGUCGGCAUCCAGACAGUUGCCCCUCGAAAACCACGGGGGGACGAGGAUGAGUGCUGCGUCAUCUGUUAAGAUUCUGCCAAACACUUGCCGACCUCACCCCUAACCAUCCAACACUUACCGACCUCACCCCUCCUCACUCCCUCCCCACCCAGCAUUUGCCGACCUCCCCCUCUCCUCUCCCCACCCAACACUUGCCGACCUCAACCCCCCUCACUCCCUCCGCAACCAACACUUACCGACCUCGAAAUGCGCGCCAUAGGUCCCGGGAUAUAGCUUUAAUAUUGCUGACUGCGGCGUUAAAUAGAGAAUCUCACCCGAUAGUCUUUUGAUAUCAAAUAUAUCAACACGAGUUGAUAAAACUGAAAAAAUUCCGAGGCUUGCCGAGGAUUUUUGCCACUUUUAUCAACGCGCCAACGCGCCAACGCGCCAACACGCCGCGAUAUAACUGGAAUCAUGUUAAAAGCGGCGCUAAACCCACCUCACUUACUCACUUUAAAUAUAUUACCUGAUACAAUCACACUCGUCAAUCCGUGUUUAUGUGCGGUGCUCCUAGAUGCUCGUCGUGUGUAUGUAUGGUGUCCUCAUUACGUGUUUGCCAGGUUAAUUGCCGUUUACAGGUAGAUACGCAUACGUAGCACGAAGACUUCAUGCAGAUGUCAGAGGUUUUUCAUGAAAAAAAUUACCCUCCCUUAAUACUUGUCAUAUUUUGGGAUGACCCUCCCCAUGUCCUUGUACAUUUUUUCAUGACCCUGUCCGAAAAGAUCGAAUUCAAAAGAACUUUAUUUUUUAUCAAAAAAUGUGAAUGUACUCAUGGCCCUCCAAAGUAUGUGUAUUAUUUUUUAUGACUCUCCUUAAGAGAUUGUCAUAUUUUUUAGUGCCCCUUGACCCCACCCCCAUGACUCGUGACUGAUCCCUUACUGCGACGGGAAACGGACAAAUCUGACAAAAUACUCAAUGGAUUCCCCAUUUUGGGAAGACCUACUAGCAUUUGACGUGGCCCUAUUCCAUUAUAUUUUGGCUGAGUUGUACAUGUUGGCAUACGAUGUGUCUCAGAGAUCCUUAUUCUUUGGUGGCACCGACUACGAUCGGUUGUUUCCACUGAAUGAAACCAGUUUCCAAAAGAAAUAUUGCUUUAACAGAUAAUAUGUCCUUCGUGCGAACAUCCCCAAACGUCAUUUUUCUGGUUUUAAAUCAUUUCCAGACACUAUCGUAAGUCACGUGUCGGUUGUUUUAUGCACAUAUAAAUACAGUAUUGCCGCUUUGGGUCUUUCAGUGCUUUGUCUUUAUGUAUUCUCCCCGAUGACCAUGACUUUUAUGUUUAUUUUCAACUGCUUGAACUGAUGCUAUUAUUGACCAAACCGUGAUAUGAUGUCUUUUUUUCUGCUGUUCUGCCUCAUCACUGUUGAGCACUUGCCAGGGCAUUACCUAUAUAUUUCCCCCCUCCAUUUUUGGAGCUAUUUUCACAUGUUGCAAU